CAUUCAUUCAUUACGUAAUGGCUGGCAGUCUGUCAGUGUCACAAAAUUUUCUAAUCUUUCCCUUCCAUUUAUUCUAGUUAUACAAUGGCUGUCCCGGUACGAAUUUUGGCUCGCUUUAGAGAUGGAUUAAAAUUAAAUAAUGUUAGAUUCCAGUCCGGCACCCCUUAUGCGGAAACUAGAAAAAAUCUAGUUCUGACUAACGAAACGAAAGUCAUUGUACAAGGUUUUACGGGAAAGCAGGGCACAUUCCACAGCCAGCAAGCUUUGGACUAUGGCACCAAAGUCGUUGGGGGUGUGUCCCCAAAGAAGGCUGGACAAGAGCACUUGGGUAAACCAGUGUUCGGAACAGUCAGGGAGGCGAAGGAAGCGACUGGUGCUCAGGCAUCCGUCAUCUAUGUCCCUCCUCCUGGGGCAGCCAAGGCCAUCAUAGAAGCCAUUGAGGCCGAAGUGCCCUUGAUUGUCUGCAUUACGGAAGGUGUACCGCAACAUGACAUGGUCCGUGUGAAGCAUGCUCUUCUUAGGCAGAACAAGUCUCGUUUGGUCGGCCCCAACUGCCCCGGUAUUAUUGCACCGGAAAAGUGCAAAAUCGGAAUCAUGCCUGCAGCUGUGCACAAACGUGGUUGCAUCGGAGUUGUCUCGCGUUCUGGUACCCUUACUUAUGAGGCCUGCCAUCAGACUACAAUAACUGGUUUGGGUCAGACUCUGUGUGUUGGUAUUGGUGGUGAUCCAUUCAACGGCACUGACUUCAUUGAUUGCCUUGAGGUGUUCCUCAAUGACCCAGAAACCAAGGGUAUUAUUCUCAUUGGUGAGAUUGGUGGUAAUGCUGAAGAACUGGCUUCAGAAUACUUGACUCAAUACAACACUGGUCAGAAGGCCAAGCCCGUGGUUUCGUUCAUCGCGGGCCUGACAGCCCCUCCCGGCCGGCGGAUGGGGCACGCCGGCGCCAUCAUCUCAGGCGGCAAGGGAGGCGCCAUGGACAAAAUCAAGGCUUUAGAAAAAGCUAAUGUCAUUGUAACACGUUCUCCAGCCAAAAUGGGUGUCGAACUUCUCAAAGAAAUGAAACGAUUAGAAAUCGUUUAAGAACGCUUAUAUUGAUCAUGUAUACACAAAUGUAUGUCUACUCUGUAUAGUCUUUUAGUAAUUAUAUUGGUAUUAUUUAUUUUC